AUGGUGUUCUGUUCUUUUAUAAGAUGUAAGUACUACCCAGUACACAUCAAGUUUUUCCAGAGCUCCUCUUCCUAUUUACACAAUCAAAGUUUGACCAGAUUCUACCGUAAAUACACCAGAAUCUACAAAGAUCAUGAUCCUCAUCCUUCCCGACAAUCGAACAGUUAUUUGAACAUUUCUGCUGGUCAUUAUGGAUUGUACUUCACCAUCUUCAAUAGAGAUGCGGAAAAACACUCGCUGAACAGCAUCGAUAUCAUUUCGUUUGAUCCCCAAUUACAGUUUAUGUCGCCUACUACUCCAAGUGUCUUCACCAAAUUUCACAUUCUGGGAUUGAAUCAACAUAUGUAUAACAAUAUGAGUGAGUUGAAAUCACAAUCAAAGAGUCUCAGGUCACCUUCCUCUUUGGUAUCUAAGAGAGCCUUUUCCACCUUUGUAUCGUCUAAUGGUGCUCAAGCCAGUAGUCCAUUGGUGACAUCGGUGGAAGAUGCUCAUAAGCUGGAGCCUUUGGAAUACGACGACUUUGAGAGCUUUAAAACCACCCAGAUCUCCAAAAUCAACAGUCUUUUUGAAGAGGAGGACUACAACCUAAUUUUUCCGAUUUAUCAAUCAUUGAAGAGAAAUCACAUGGGUCUUGGAUCAACUGAGCUAUACAACAAAGUCUUAAGUUCUUUGCUCUUGAGAGAAUUCGACAAUUCAAUGCAAUUGGAGGAUAUUGAAAUCAGGUUGACAAAUUUGUUGACCGUGUACCAAGACUUUUUGUUCUUUGCUAACGAACAGAUGAAGCCAGACUUUUCAACUUAUAACAUCGUUAUUGGUGGUUUAUUGAAGGGAAGCUUGGAUUCGGUUACGUACAACAAACUGAAGAAUUUGCCCACCAUCCUUUACAACCAGUCUUUUAUCAAGUCUCAAGAAUUUGCUUUGAUAGCACUUGAGUUACUUCAUUCGGUCAAAGACGUGCAACAAUUGGAUUUGAAUAAGAUUUAUCCUCUUAAGUUCGAGGUGCUAAAUCAAUUUCCAAACCUUGUGAACAAAGAAUUGAUGACUUUGGUGUUUAACAAUUUAUUGAAGAAUACCGAUCAAUUCCAAUACUACAACCAGUUGAUCAGAUUAACUUCUAAGUUUCAAAGUACUGGAGUUCUUAAUUCCGAUGAAGACUGCUACAACUUUAUUUUCCACGUCUACAAUUCUUAUCAAGAGAUGGCUGUUGGUUCAUUUACGAAAGAACAAGAUUAUAUUGUCUACGAAAGUCUUGUCACUGAAUUAAUUAAAAUCAACAACCUUGAAGUUGCCACUAAAUUUCUUGACUCAAUUUUGUUGCUGUUCAAGUCUUCAUAUAAGGCUGAAGACAAAGAGGGUAUUUCAAACUUACUCUCUGGAUACUUGUCUGAGAUUUCUAACCAUAACUUGACCGAAGCUUAUAAGUUGAUGAAAGAGUUCAAUGCUGUUAACUUCAUUCCUGAAUUAUCCAUGAGUUUAAACAAUGAGUUAAUUGAUAAAUUCAUUGGCUAUUACUACUCAUUAGAGACAUCCAAGAACAAUGCCAAUUACGAAUCUGUUUGUGCUCAACAGCAAGAUGUUUAUUAUAACAUUUGGGACAUUGUGAACUACAAUUUAAUUAGACAAGACUUCCAGUUGAACCAUGGUCUUAUUUCUUUGGUUGUUGACUUGAAUGACUAUGACAACAUUUAUAAGUUGACAAAGAUUUUAUUGAUCAAUGAGGAAUUGAUCGAUUUGCAAGCAUUCAAAAAAUUAUUGGACUAUUUUGCCAGUGGCAUGUCUUAUAACUUCAACACGUAUUAUGAAUUGAUUUUGAAAUUGAUUGAACACCAAGCUCAAUUUUACAAUGAUUACGGAAAGAUUAACGAUUACUUCUCAGAGGUGGUGGAUUAUUUGACUAUUUCUAGCAACGAAUUUGUUGUUCAUAAUUUGAUUAACUCUCCCUUGAUUGAAGAGGUUUUUGAUAAAUCUGAUUUGGUUGAUGACAAGAUAUAUGGUUUGAUCAAGUUUUCGAAGUUUUUACUUGAUUUUUUUGAAACUAACGAAGUUUUAGAGGAAGAUUUAUUAAAGAUUUUGAACUACCAGAGUAUUUUGAUCAAUCAACUUGAAGAUCCAGAUCUCACUUACGUCAAUCUUGAUGAGGAUUUAGGUAACUUUAAGACUCGGUUAUCCCAAAGUUUCGGAACUAAUCAAUCUUUAUUAGGACAGCAAACCAAGUCCAUGAUACAAAGUUGUAAAUAUUUGGACAUUGAAGUUUCUGAUAAACCUGUGGUUAAGGUGGUCCCAACUGUUAAUUUGGUACCCUUGUUGAACAUAAACUACGGUUUGGGUGUUAAGAAAUUUAUCGAGCACUUCAACCAAGGUUAUAAGUUUGACGACCAAACCCUUUUUGCUUUGAUCAGCAAAGAGUUUUUGGUUAACCAUUUGAAGAGGAUAAAUGUUAACAAGUUUGUGAAAUUAUACAUUUCAGCUGGUAACUCUGACCUUGUUGAAACUUUAGUCAACGAAAAUUUAGACAAGAUAAACAUUGCUAUCUUGAAAAACAUCGAGAGUAUGGAUGAUGGGUUGUUUUCAUUAUACUUGGACAAACUUUUAAUGUCAUCCAACAAAUAUUUAUUCGAGGUGUUCAACUCGAUUGACUACACCUUAGACGAUAUUCAAAUGGGCAAGUAUUUGCAAUUGUUAAUGAAGCAUGAACAAUAUCAGCAGAUCGUUGACAUAUUUGAAUGUAAUGAUGAGUUGGUGAAUAAUGAACUGAACUUGGCUGUGUACCUCAACUCCUUGUUGGUGACGAAGCAGAACGAUAAGUUUAAUUUGCUUGUCAAGUCUAGAUUCAAUUCAAGAGAAUCACUCCAGAGACUUUUGGAAAACCAUGAUUUGAAAAUGGUGGUAGAUGAUUACUAUUUGCUUUCGAAUUUCGAAUCUAAUUUAUUUGCUCCACAGAAAUUCAAAGAUGUCAAAGAUUUGACCAACCAGAUCUUCAACCAAUUAUCAAAUGAGAAAAACUUGAGAGAGCUCUACCAGCUUAAUUCCAAGUUGAUAAAUGUUAACCAACAAAUGGUGAUUUCUCGGUUACUUGCCAAGAUCAGAGACUAUAAAUUAGGAUAUGAUUUAUUGUUCAAGUUUUGCCAAAUCUCAAACAUUCACAAAUUUUCGGUUUUAAAUUUGAAAAGAAUCAUAGAGACCUUGACUAAAUUCGAAGAUGUUGUCAAGUUGAAUGUGAUUUUCAACAAAUUCUUGCACAAAAACAUGUCAAGCUACCUUAAAUUUGAGUUUUUUGAAAUCCUUAUCACCAGCAACAAAGAUAAAGUUGAGCUAUUAAAGUUGUUCAAAAACUCGUUCGCUUCUUUAAACUGUGAAAUCAAUUUGAUCAAGAUCGACAAAUUCGUCAUUGAGAACAAUAUAUCAUUAUAA